AUGGCAUAUGGAGCCUGUCUAUACCUCCGUUCAGUCGACAAACAUGGGAAUAUACACGUGUACUUGCUUUGCUCGAAAUCUCGCGUUGCUCCUUUGAAAGAGCAAACCAUUCCACGCCUCGAAUUGUGCGGGGCUCAAUUCUUAACAUCACUCGUGGGAAACAUUCAGGCAGCCAUUCACCACAACAUUGAUAAAAUAUUCUACUGGACAGACUCCACAGUGGUGUUACAUUGGUUAAACACACCACCCCAUAAACUUCAAGUUUUCGUCAGCAAUAGAGUAGCAGAUAUUCAACAAAAAACAAACAUUCAGGACUGGAAGCACGUACGAAUCCACGACAACCCAGCUGAUCUCGUGGCUCGUGGGCAAACACCAUUUGAGUUUAUAAAACCUUCGCUUUGGUUUUCUGGUCCAUCAUGGCUUCAUCUAAACGAAAAUGAAUGGCCCAAUCUUCAACUGGAGUUUUCAUCGUGUGUACCUGAUCUACGAAAAUCACCAGCAGCCACGAUGGAAACCUGCUUAGCCUCAACAACUAAUUCCAAACACCUUGAUAUUUGGUCAUCAUCAAUCGAUAAAUUACAACGGGUUGCUGCUUAUUGUCUGAGAUUCAGAACUCGUCGCAAGGGUCCACUAGUACUUGAUGAACUUCAAGCUGCUCUCCACGCUAUUGUACACUGGGUACAAUUAGAAAACUUCGCCAGAGCCAUCAAGGAGCUGCAACACCCACAUUCAGCUGGAAACAAGUCAUCAGAAUUGUCGAGAUUUGCUAAAUUGACCCCAUUCAUUGACAAGGAUGGACUAUUACGAGUAGGGGGCCGGUUGACAAAUGCAAACAUAUCAUAUUGUCAACGUCAUCCUCUCAUCCUUCCAAGAAGACAUCCAGUGACGGAUCAUAUCAUCAGGAAUGAGCACCAGCUACAGCUACAUGCCGGUGCUCAAGCUACACUUUAUGCUAUUCGCCGUGGUUUUUGGCUAUUGGAUGGACGUCAGUCAGUUCGGCGCAUCGUGCGUUCCUGUGUCAAAUGCAUCAGGCACAAACCACCAUCAAUAGAUUACGUGAUGGUCAAGGCAGUCCACUUAGAGGUCGUGAGUGACCUCACCACGGAAGGUUUUCUCGCCGCCCUACGGCGCUUCAUCGCUCGACGGGGAGUCUGCAGCAACAUUUAUUCAGACAAUGGCACAAAUUUCGUCGGUGCCAAAAGUGAGCUGAAGGAAAUCCACAAUUUCUUACAAAAUGAAGAUCAACAGCAAAAAAUUAUUCAUUUUGCUACCUCCAAGGAAAUUCGCUGGCACUUCAUCCCAGCACAUUCUCCAAACCUUGGUGGACUCUGGGAAGCUGCGGUCAAAUCCUUCAAGCACCACCUGCGAAGGAUCGUGACCAAUGAAUUACUCACAUUCGAAGAGUUGAACACAUUGGUCAUCGAGAUUGAGGCCGUACUAAAUUCACGACCUCUCACACCUCUCUCAACAGAUCCAAAUGAUCCAAUCGCCUUAACACCUGGCCACUUCUUGAUUGGUGACUCUUUGACAAAUCUCAGGGGUCCAGACUUUCGAGACACUCCAACCAACCGCCUGUUCAGCUGGCAACACCUUCAAAAGCUGAAACAGGAUUUUUGGGCUCGCUGGCAUCGAGAGAGGGAGCACCAUAUCAAAGAAGGUACUGUCGUCAUCAUGAAGGAGGACAACUUACCUCCAAUGCAAUGGGCAUUGGGCAAGGUCAUCAAAACACACGCUGGAGCUGAUGGCAUCAUCCGAGCAGUUACGGUAAAAACUGCUAAAGGAACCUACGAAUGUGAGGAAGCUGGCUCCACUACCCAAUACUGA